AUGAACUGCUUCAGGACUCCGCCAAGCAACUCUUGGGUUUACCCCACUGUGAUACUCUGCUUAUUUGGAUUUUUCUCCAUGUUCAGGCCUGCCGAAUCAUUCUUAAUCCCAUUUUUGUCUGAACCCAGUAAGAAUCUAACCGAAACAGAGAUAACCAAUGAGGUCCUUCCCGUUUGGACAUACUCCUACCUGGCGACACUGCCCCCUGUGUUCAUCCUCACCGAUUACCUGCGCUACAAACCAGUCAUCAUGUUACACGUCAUUGCCUUCAUCAUUUGCUACCUGCUUCUCUUGUUUGGCCAAGGGGUAAUGCUCAUGCAGGCGGCUGAGUUCUUCUUUGGGAUCGUCUCAUCCACAGAGAUAGGCUACUAUUCCUACAUCUAUAGCAUGGUCAGCCCAGAGCACUACCAGAAGGUGAGCAGCUACUGUCGGAGUAUCACGCUGGUGGCCUACACAGCCGGCUCCGUGCUGGCCCAGCUCCUGGUAUCCCUGGCAACCCUGCCAUACUUUUACCUCUUUUACAUAUCCUUGGCCUGCGUCUCUGUGGCCUUAUUUUUCUCACUUUUUCUACCAAUGCCUAAGAAGAGCAUGUUUUUCCAUACAAAGUAUGAGAGAGAAGCCCGUCAAAAGCCACUGGAACAAGACACUGUCCUUGAGGAAGCUCAGAAGAACCACAAGGCAGCUCACCCAGAAUUGCAUGCCCCUUCAGGAAAGCCAGGGGACAGAGAGCUGAGUAGCCCAGAGCCAGAAAAUGUGGCUUUGAGACCCUUUGUGCAUUGGUUCCAAGAUCUGAAGGAGUGCUACUCCUCAAAGCACCUUCUUUACUGGUCCCUGUGGUGGGCUUUUGCGACAUCAGGUUAUAACCAAAUCUUGAACUAUGUUCAAGUCUUAUGGGAACACAAGGCACCCUCCCAAGACUCUUCCAUCUAUAAUGGAGCAGUAGAGGCUAUUGCAACAUUUGGAGGAGCAUUGGCGGCUUUCUCAGUGGGCUACGUGAAGGUCAACUGGGAUCUCCUAGGAGAGCUGGGUCUAGCCAUCUUCUCGGCCGUCAUCUCCGGCGCUCUGUUUCUCAUGAAUUACACGCUCAGCAUCUGGGUGUGCUAUGCGGGCUAUUUACUAGUCAAGGCUAGCUAUAUGUUUCUUAUAACCAUAGCAGUGUUUCAGAUUGCCGUUAACCUGAGCGUAGAGCGUUAUGCCCUGGUGCUUGGCAUAGACACCUUUAUUGCUUUGGUGAUUCAAGCCAUCAUGACUGUGAUUGUGGCAGAUAAAAGAGGGCUCCACUUGCAUAUCACCACUCAGUUUUUAGUUUAUGGAAUUUACUUUGCUGUCAUUGCUGGGGUCUUCCUAAUGAGAAGCAUAUACAUUAUCUACUCAGCCAAGUGCCAAAAGGAAGUAGAGAGCCUUGCUGCCACUCAGAGUCCUAAUGAGCCACAACCACAAGAGACAAAGUUCUAACCCAAUUACAUCAACUCCAAUUUUAAAAGGGUAGGAUUUCAAGAUGGACCACCAGACGUGCUUUGCCACACCCAGACACUCGGCCAGUAUGGAUUCUAAAACCACAACCAAACCUCAUUCUCAGGCUAGAUGUCUUUCUACCCAGCUAAUUCCAAGCACUCCAUAUAGGCCACCUCAACUGUAUUAGUUACUUUCGUUAUGCUAUGACAAAAUACCCAACAAAAAGCAACUUAAGAGAGGAACUCAAUUCGUUGUAGUUCACAGUUGGGGGCGGGGUGUACAUUCCAUUGUGGAAAAGAAAGCAUGUCUGCAGCAGA